CCGUGCGGGUUGGCCAUGGGCGGCCGGGCCGUGUGGGCGCCAUGGCGGCUCGCUGGCUGCAGCGGGCGCGGCGGCCUCCGCGGCGCUGCGGGCCGGCGGCUCAGCUCCCGGGGCCCCGGCGAUGGGGCGACGCUGAGCGACCUCCUGCAGAGCUCGGUGGAGCCGGGCGAGGCGGAGGGGGCGCCGGCGGCGGCGAGGCGGGAGCGGCGGUGCCCCCGGGAGGGCACGGUGCUGCUGUUCCCCGGGCAGGGCAGCCAGUGCGUGGGGAUGUGCCGCGGGCUGCUGGGCUACCCCGGCGUGCGGGACAUGUUCCGCCUGGCCGAGAAGGUGCUGGGCUACGACCUGCUGGCGCUGUGCCUGGAGGGGCCGCGGGACGCGCUGGACCGCACCCAGCACUGCCAGCCCGCCGUGUUCGUCGCCUCCCUGGCCGCCGUGGAGAAGCUCAACCACCAGCGGCCUGAGGUCGUGGAGCGCUGCGUGGCGGCCGCCGGGUACAGCGUGGGCGAGUUCGCGGCGCUGGUGUUCGCUGGAGCGCUGGGCUUUGCCGAAGCGCUGUACGCGGUGAAGGUGCGCGCCGAGGCCAUGCAGAAGGCGUCCGAGGCUGUUCCCAGUGGGAUGCUCUCGGUUAUGGGCCGGCCAGAGGCGAAUUACAAAUUUGCGUGCCUGGAAGCCCGCAAACACUGUGAGUCGCUGGGUAUUGAGAACCCCGUGUGCACGGUCUCCAACUACUUGUUUCCGGACAGCAGAGUCAUUGCAGGACACUUACAGGCUUUGGAGUAUUUGCAGCAGAAUGCCCGAAAAUACUAUUUUACCCGUACGAAAAUGCUCCCAGUCAGUGGGGCUUUUCAUACCAGACUUAUGGAACCAGCAGUUGAGCCUUUGGCCGAAGUCCUAAAAUCCAUCGAGAUCCAGAAACCGCUGCUCUGUGUGUAUUCCAACGUGGAUGGCCAAAAGUACAUGCACUCCAAGCACAUCAGGAAGCUGUUAGUGAAGCAGGUGGUGUCACCUGUUUUGUGGGAACAGACCAUGCAUUCGGUGUACCAAAGGAAACAAGGAACGGAAUUCCCUUACACCUACGAAGUGGGGCCCGGGAAGCAACUGGGAGCCAUUCUCAGAAAAUGUAAUUUAAAGGCCUGGAAACAAUAUAAACACGUGGAUUCUCUGGAAGAUGAGGAAGCAGCAGAGACUUAAGUGACCUUUUGAAAAAAAAUCCACGCAACUUGGGUUUUUUUCUGGUUUAAAACUCUGUGCUCCCAAGAGAAGAAGUCUUAAACUUUCGUGGCUUCUCCUGAUGAAAAGAGCACCACGUGCUUCAUUGCAAUGAACGUUUUCCUUCUCUGAGUGCCUCAGGUGUGGAAGGAGAGUUUGGCUCUUCCAUCUUUGUUGGGACUGCAAAGCUGUCAGCAAACAGGCCAAAUAACAUUGUUUGGCCUCCAUCCUGCAAGCAUCUUUCCCUCUCUUUUUUUUUUCUUUUUUCUUUCUUUUUGCCUUUUUUUUUUUUGUUUUUUUUUUCAAUGCUUUUUUUUUUUUUUUGCAUGGAUUCCAGUUAAAAGUUGGUAGCCUUGGCUGUCUGGUGCAGGGAUCUUCUGCAUGAAUACAGGGGUGGAAAUGAGCUGAGUUGUGGAGGGCUCUCUCUGGGCUGGAGGGUGCAUUUAGAGGAUCCACCUGGUUGAUGUUCCUGUUUUGUAACUCACCUGACUUGUGGGGUGUUCAUCUGUGUAAAAUCCUUUUAUUCUGUUCCCAUAUUUCCAGGCAGCAGCCGAAAUGUUAUUAGGAACGUGAUUUUCUUAAGGUUAAACUAUCAAUAAACUACGAAGCUUUUCUUGCUCUUUUCAGUGCUUUGGGGUGCACCAUUCUUGGCCUACAGUAAUUUUCCCUCCAGUUGUCCAAUGUCACGUUGGUUGUGCAAAGUUCCACAAGGAAAUGUUUCACUGGGGGGGAAGAAAAAAAAAAAAAGAGCUCAACAAAAACGUGUACAUUUCCUGGCAGCAGGAAAUGAUGAGCUGGAGAGCAGCAGGUUGUCCUGGAAGGGAGGGUGAAUUAAAAGCAGUGGCCUUGAUUCUGAUUGCUAAGUGGACUGUAUCAUUAAACAGCUCUUCUGUGAGCUGCAGUUGGCAGCUGUGCCUGCCCUUACAGCACAAAUUCCACAUUUCUGGCAACACAUGUAAACAUGAACAAUUAGUGAAACACAGAAGAAUUUGUCAGCUUCACCACUGGACUGUUAGAGGCUGACAAUUAAGGGCUGGGGUUACUGCAAAGAAAAUUAUUUCAGUUAAAGCUCCCACAUUACAGGUAAGGUGUCAUUUAUUCAGUAAAGCAUCCCAGAGUUUUCAAUAGGUGGUUAGAAUAUUGCAACUAAAUCCCACUCAUGUUAUUAAACACUGGAUUGUGCUGUGUUAGAAGCUUCUGACUACACCUUUUAAGACCAAAUGCAACAUUAGUGACUUUCAAACCAGCUUUUAUGAUAGUUGGGACUGAGCAUGGCCCAUUGGUGGCACUUUUUUUUUCUUUUAGUACAGUGCUUUAAAAUUUCUGUACUUUCUUUUUAAUUAUUUGAAUUUUCAAGUUGGAGAAAUGUUUUUUUAUUUGUAGUGUUCUUACCAUAAUUUUUUUCUUUUUUUAUUUCAUGUCGUCGUAACUUUGCCCAGAAUUAAAGCUCUUUGG